AAAAUACUUCAAAAAGUCGCGAGUUUUUAGAAAAUUUACAAGUUUUGUGUACAAUUUUUGUGAAAAAGAAUGUUCUCCAUUUCUCGUAGCACCACUCGAUUGUACCCCAGUUGCAUGAGAGUGGCCAAGAUGAGCCAACUUGGUGAUCUGGGUAGUGGUGCAGGCAAGGGCGGCGGCGGUGGUGGCAGCAUUCGCGAGGCCGGUGGAUCUUUCGGGAAGAUGGAAGCCGCCCGUGAGGAAGAAUACUUCUACAAGAAGCAACAAGCGCAGCUCCAUAAACUGAAGGAAAACCAAAUUGACCAAGCCAAGUUUCACGAGGAACAAAUUAAGGAGCACGAGGCUGCCCUUCAGCGUCACAAAGAAUUCUUGAAGAAUAUCAAGUCAAAGUAAAAAAAACUUUAUAGCAACUCAUUCUUACUUAUUGUUAGAUCAGCAUUAUUUGAUGUGAAUGAAUAAAUUGAUUUGCUGAUUCACUCAAA